AUGGUACGCCAGGGGUAUGUGGUAGUCUACAUCAUGAGGUUCAUCAAGGCUGACCUGACCGGCUACAGCAUAUGUCGUGAAUUUGCUCGGGACGGCAAAUGCCGGUUCCGGAAGUGCAAGUUUUCACAUAGUAUUUCUAACAGCUCGGACACGGACAAGAAGGACCAGCGUGACAAUAGUAACACAGCUGGUGACUCAUUGAGCAAGGAGCCUGAGCGGACAGAUAGCGAGGGUGACUCACGCAUCCCCGGACAGGCCGUCCAGAAGAAUGACAAGCUCCUCCCUCUGUUCAACAUGAACCAAACCUUCCCAGGUGGACGUCACAAUAAUGAUUCAGCAGAUAUCUGCGACAUCCGAAUCUUGCCCACACCAGAAGAGAUUUUAUCCCCGCAUCCAGAGUAUCUACCCGUCAAAGACCCUGAGCAAUGGCACCUCGACGGUGUCCCUGGUCUUCUUGACCGAAAUUUCCGAUUGCUGAGACAGGAUACCGUCGGCCAGUUGAGGGAUACCAUCCGCGCCGUGCUUCAACCGUCUACAAACCGGCGGAAAGCAAAAACCCAGCCUCGAGCGUAUGCCGAUCCCAACGUGAGCAUCGCAGCCUUGUUUUUCAGUCAACGCAUCGGUCUCAAGUUUGUCAUUCAGUUCCGUCAGUUAUAUCAUGUACAGCGCAUGAGUAUCAAGCAGCGCGAGGAAUGGUGGGAACUGUCCAAUCGUCUCCAGGGAGGGGCCUUUCUAUGUCUUGUCGAUGCGCGUGGGGAGGUUCUCUUUUGCACUGCAGCUGAACCACCCAAAUUGACACCACGCAAUCCAAGGCCAAAAGACUGGUCCUCCCUAUGGAAAGACAAGGAUAUCGCGACCGUGGCCUUGGAGCUCAUCGAUCCCAGCGGAGACGACGUGCAGUUUAUUCUCGGCCGCUAUCGCCCGCGCGGCACCGUGCAACUUACCCUCCUGGAAUUUCCGGGCAUUCUGUUUCCUGCAUUUGGCCCGACUUUGCAGGCGUUGCAGGAGAUGAAGCGAAGCGGAGAUCUGCCUUUUGCAGAGUUUUUGGCACCGGUAUCGUUGGAGACUUGCGAUCAUUCUAUGGAUGUACCUCCACCAGAGUAUGCCCUUAAGCCAGGGUUUAGCUUUGAUUUAAGCUGCUUGAUGACGGACAAGACACCCCUGAAAAUCCGACGGGGCCAGACGUUUGACAUUCAGAAGCUUCAAGAUCAUUCCGCUUUGGACAAGACCCAAGCGGUGGCAUUGGUCAACACCCAGCAGCGGAGAAUCGGUUUGAUACAGGGUCCUCCAGGCACCGGGAAGAGCUACACGGGUGUCGCUCUCAUUAAGGUGUUGUUGGCCAACGGUGGGAAAGACAAGGGCAAUAUCGGACCGAUCAUCUGCGUCUGUUACACGAAUCACGCCCUGGAUCAGCUUCUAGAGGAGCUUCUGGAGAAGAAGAUUGCUCAGAUUGUGCGAAUUGGAUCCCGCUCUCAAUCGGAGGUAGUGAGUCGCUACACCCUGCGCAAAUUGGUCCGAAAGACCAAGACGAAGUCGGAGAGGGGCGAGCUCCAGGCAUUGAAUCAACAAGUCGAAGAUUACAGAGAGUCUUUUGUCAAUCUGAAGUUGCAUUCCGAAGGUUCAGAGAGCGACUUGAAGCAAUUUCUUCAAACGCACGAUCCCAAGCACCAUUGCCAGCUCCUUGACAAGUAUGAUGAGGAAGCCUUCCAAAAGGCGCAACGCAAGCGAGGCGACGUCUUCCAGCAGUGGAUCAAAGCAGGCCCCUGA